AUGUCAUCAAACGAGUUAGAUUCGGCCAUGGAAUCGACAAAUUUACACGAAAAUUCGUAUUCUCCAUCACCUCAUGGCAUCAGCGCCAACACACCCAGCUCGGUAGCUGAACCCGUUCUUGCCAGUAUGACCAGCACGUCCACACCGGCCAACUUGGUGUCGUACAACACGGAGCAACAUCACCCAACCACAGCUUCGGUAACGGCAACCGGACUAGUUGAACCCAGUCCACUCGCAUCAGAGCCACCUGCUGUGCCAGACUCUGUUGUCCCCGGAGAUUCGCCUGCCUCAUCUCCCCCCGUGAUAAGCCUUGGAACUUUGUUAUAUCUGCCUGUUACGCUGUGGUCAGCCACGCUGGCUUUUACCGUAUUUGGUAUUAUAUGGGGCGCUGCAUGA